AAAGCCGAACCAAUAACAACAAAACACCCAAUACUACAGAUAUCGACAUGGAACCAACAUAUUCGAAACCAUUCAUUGUUCUUCAAAUCACAUUCUUCUUUGUAACACUUUAUUAUUUAUUACCUUAUGCUAACCCCAUUUCAGAUCAUAACUUCGUAUUCAAAACUUGUUCAAACCAAAAAAAUCUUACCACUUCAACAUACCAAUCUCACUCACAAGCCCUCUCAUUCCUUUUCCAAGAGCUAGUCUCUCGAUCCUCCAAGUCCAAGUUUUUCAAAACAACCCAAUUAAGUGUCUUGGAUGACCAAACAGCCAUUUCUGGCCUCUUCCAAUGCAGAGAAGACAUCACUAAUGAGGAGUGCCUAAACUGCGUCAAAACUCUACCCGAAACAGCCACCACCAACAGGUGCUAUGCUGCCCGGGUACAGCUUCAGCAGUGUUAUAUUCGUUAUGAGCCAGAGGAGCUUGUUUUGGACGUGUACUCUUCCUCACAAGACGAACUAGUAUUACUGCACAAAACUUGUGGCCCGGAAUCAAACCAUGUCGACGGGUUUGAGGCGAUGAGGGACGCCGCGUUAUUGGCUUUGGAAGAUUCUGUUGUAGAAAAAGGCGGGUUUCGUAAGACUAACAUGGAACUGGUUCAGGCAAUGGUGCAGUGUGAGGGGGAAAUGGAAGCUUGUGAGUGUGGUUUGUGUGUGAACAAGGCUGUUGAGAUAGCUCAAGAAGAAUGUGGUAAAGCUGUUUCAGCUGAAAUUUACUUGGACAAGUGCUUUUUAAGUUAUUCUUAUUAUCCCCAAGGCAUACCUGAGGAUGGAGAAAACAAGGGAGGCAAUAAUAGUAGCAACAAUGGGAAAUUAAUGGCCAUUGUUAUUGGAGGAGCAGCUGCUUUGGGUUUUGGGUUUAUUUUUUUAUUGUUCAUCAAAUCUCGAACAGAGAAAGAAGACGAUGAUUUGGUGUAGAUUGUAUAUGUAUUUCACUAUUUUGUUUCUUUCAAAAUAAGUUACUGUCCAUAUAGGUGUAAAAGUAGGUAGACUUUGGUAAAUUUAAUCUAAGGUUGGCUAUCAGUUUGAGAAUUUAGGGAAAUUUACAAGGGGAUAAAGAGCUGUAAAAUUUACAUUUAUUUAUUUAUUUAUUUAUCCUCUGGCUCUAGCUACUAUAAAUUACGUCACCUAGGAUCUAUUGCCUUUCCCAUUACUUGAGUGUCACUUACAAUAUUACCCCAUAUAGUAAUAUAAAAUUUGGACAAAUCUCUACACUAAGGUAAGUUUAAUCUUCAGUAUUUCACAAAAAGAUAUUGUUGGCUAUCAAUUUCAAGAAUCUUAGAGUGGGAUUUAAGGGCUGUAAAAUUAUAUUAUGGAAAAACAAAGAAAAUUGAUGGUUAUAUUUUUAGUUAUUUAUUCUUAAUGAAAACCUUGCAGUGAUGUCAUUUAACAUACUUGGUCCCCUAGCUGCUAUUUAUGUUGCCCACUACUUGAGUGUCACUUUCAUAUCCCCAACCCAUAUAAUCAUUUUUGGACAAAUCUCUACAGUUUAGUACUCCAAUUAUUAGAAUGGAAGAGAAGCAAAAAGCAAGCAAAAGAAUAACAAGAUACAGUGGCUUCUUUUCAAUGGCUUUUACUAUAAAUACAUGAGUAGUAAUGACAUAUUCAUACUUUUACUUUCACUAAUACAGCUAUAAAAACUUAACUCUUUUUUUGGUAUCCAUACCAAUGGUCAACACUGGUCAACAUCCCUGUCCUGCAUUACUAGUGGAUUUCCAUCCAAGAGACAAAAUGCUGGUGGUAUAGAAAGUGUCUCCAUAAUUCCAUAAGCAUUCCAGCAAAUUGGGUUUGACAUAAACUCUCCUUUGGCUGGAAGAAGCUCUAUUUCCGAAAGAGUAAGAUUUGUGCAAGGUACUGAGUCACUGCAAGAAAAGUGUAUAGCAGGGCUUCUUAUGUCAUAAGUUCCUUUUAUGUUUGAGUAAACAAUGUCUGAAACAUGUACUGCAGAGGUUUGGUUUUGACAGCUCUUGGUGGAGCAAUAGUACUGGUCUACAAUAAUCGGAUUUCGAACUGUGUCCAUGUGAAUGUUGUGAAAUUUUACUCCAGAAACU